GUCGGCAUUUUGUUCUACGAGAGGAGGAGAGCCUCUUUUGGACGAUCGCAACAAAUCGUCACAUUUCUCCUUUUUACGCUCGGGGGGGGGGGAAAGAAAAAAAACAAUUGGCUCGCGCUCGUCGCCCGCGUCAUCCGCGACGGCGAAGAAAGGACGUUCGCCUCGCCGAUAAACGUGGAAAUAAUUCGGCCGCGAGUUGUGUGACGGAAGAAGAAGCGAACCGAGCCGACCCCGGAUUAUUGUUGAUAGCUAGCGAGCUAGCCACCUAGCUCGAGCGGGGCUAGCUCGGCGAGCCAAUCCGAGUUCCUUCUGGAGGAGAAGAAAGGGGGAGCUAGAGAUACGGACACAAAUCCAGCUAAAACAUUCCCCUCCCUUUGGGCGCCACAUCCGAAGAUCGUAGAAGGAUUUGUUUUCAUCUGAAAUGACACUGUGUCCACCCGAGCCGGCAAAGCGUUCUUCGACAAGGUGUCAGGAGAUGUGAGGAAGGGUGUCGUCCAUCGGCCCCCCUGAUCUACCUGUGUAUCAACACACUCCCCCCCCACCCUCACCUCAAGCAUGAAUGGGGAUAUGCCUCAUGUUCCCAUCACCACUCUCGCUGGGAUCGCUAGCCUUACAGACUUGUUGAACCAGCUGCCCCUUCCCUCCCCCCUCCCGGCCACCACCACUAAGAGCCUCUUGUACAAUGGGAGGAUCGCAGAGGAGGUCAACUGCCUACUGGGUUCCCGGGAUGAGAACUUAGCCUCCCAGCUUGCCCAUGGCCUCAACCAGGUCUCCACAGAGCACAUAGAGCUGAAGGACAACCUGGGGAGCGAUGAGCCCGAGGGAGACGCGCCACUGCUGCUGCAAACCAUGCUGGCCAGAAACCCUGGCAUCUUCAGGGAAAAAAAUGUUAUGCAGCAGCCGAUGGUACAACAGUACAAGAUCACCCAAAAUUCCAUGCAUAGUCCGGCCCAGUCGGCAAACUUUCAGCCGGCAGCAAUUUCUCCCAAUCCAUCAAGUCGUUUCGUGGCCCCCCAGACAGGCUCCAGUAGCCGAUACUUGGGCCAGCAAAACAGUCCGGUUCCCAGUCCCUACACGCCCCAGAGCCCUGCUCCUGGUUACAUCCAGCAGUACCCCCACCAACAACCACCCAGCUACAACCAACACCAACAGAUACAACAAGUGUCUGUGGCCAGUCCGAUGGUUCCGGGAAGUAUACGAAACAUCCAUGAAGGCAAGGUAUCGGGGCAAUUGGCCAUUGCCGCUAACCACCACUCAGACAGACACAGCAAUGACGACUACUUGAACAUCGUGCACCGGCUGGGCAGUGAGGAGGGUGACUCCGCCUUGAGAAAUCCAGCGUUCCCUCUCAGGUCACCACAGUCCGGCUGCUCCCCAGCAGCGGGUGAAGGGACACCCAAAUCGGGUUCCCGUCCCCCGCUGAUUCUGCAGUCGCCACCUCCAUAUGCACCGUCGCCAAGGGAGGGGGGACUUGACCAGAAACAGCAGAUCCAGCAACGCAAGAAGAUUCCUGCCGUGAAAGAGGAGAAAGACAUGUACGACAUCGUCAGCUCGCCAAACAAGGACUCCACCAAACUGACGCUCAAAUUGUCCCGGGUCAAGUCGAAUGAGUCUGAUCCACCGGGUGACGCCAUGGCAGGCAUGGAGCACAACACGGACAAUAUGGAGGCGGAACUAGGCUUCCAGCAGGUGCCUGUUCUCCAGCAGAACUUGGGAGCCCGCCACCAACAGCAGGCAGGGGGCAUCGCUGGUCUCCAGCCUCCUAGUUCCCCUUAUGACGAGGUGGAGCUGGACGCCCUAGCUGAAAUCGAGCGGAUAGAGCGAGAGGCGGCCAGUGAGAAGUGUUCUAAGGAAGUCCUGGACAAAGACAAGCCACUGAAGAAGAGAAGACAAGACUCUUUUCCCUUGGAGCCAGGUGCCGGGGGACCAGGUGGUCCCACAGGGGCCCCAGGAAGCGGACCUGCAGGAGGGGGCAAUGCUGGCAAACUGACUCCGCAAGAGGCCACAGCAGCUGGGAACGGUGCCAGUCGUCCUCCCCUCACGGUGAGCAUCGACCUCCAACAGGCAGGGAGAGCUGACGGCCAGCUCGACCCCUGUCUACUGGCUGCCCCAGUCCCGGCCCUAGAAGCUCAACGCUGGCCCGAAGAACCGGCUAGCGGGCCUGCUGCCGUAGAAGGUUCUGACACCGCCUCGCGUUUGAAACCGGACGGACGACCCGAGGUCAUCAAGAACAGGGUUGACAAACAUGACGGCAGAAGAGAUGGUCGGGAGUUGUCCAAACACAGACACGACGACAAGUCUUCAGACAGGCGGGCGGAGAUUCCUAAGUCGUCGGGCCGAGGGGAGCAUGGACGGGACAGGGACAGGGAAUCUGAUAAAGAUAGGAGGCAUCGGAGCGAAAUCGGCGAUGCCCGUUCGAGAAGUGACCGAGAUAUGUCCGGCUUUCGGGCGUCCUCCGUCGGCGAGCCUGGUCGUAGCAGCCAUAGGCAAGAUGGUCUGAAGCCGGCUGCCGCUCCCUCCGGUGCUAGGCUUCCAGAUUCUUUCCCCGCUCACCUUCUGGGAGGACAAAGUGGCGCACUGAAGAACUUCCAGAUCCCUAAGAUCAAACGGGACAAGGAUGGUGGUGUUCCAACAGAGAGUCACAUUUGGAGCCAGCCCAAGGUGAAACUAGAGCGGUUGGGUCUGGUGCAGGACUUUGAGAAGAGGCCCAAGCCUGUGGUGCUUCUGAAAAAGCUCUCGGUGGACCAGAUCCAAAGAAUCAUUCGUCACAGCAAGUCUGGAAAGAACCGUUUCUCCUCGGGAAAGUCUGGCAAAAGCGGCAUGGACCCUGCCGUCUUGAAGGAGCUGCCUCCAGAGUUGCUCGCAGAGAUCGAGUCGACCAUGCCCCUCUGUGAACGAGUCAAGAUGAACAAGAGGAAACGGAGUACGAUCAACGAGAAGCCCAAAUACGCCGAGGUCAGCUCGGAGGACGACACAAACGAAGAAUCUGCUCGGAAGCGUCAGCGUCGGGACAAAGACAGGACUUGGGACUUUGAGGAAAGAGAGCGACGGGCCUCAGGAGAACAUCGGAAAACUGGAGCCAAAGAAGGCCGACGAGGCUCGGGCAGCCGUUAUCGGGACUCCUCCGAAGACGAUUCGCCGCCUCCAAGCAUUAGUGAUGUUGCCAGGAAAUUGAAAAUGAAGGAGAAGCAGAAAAAAAGGAAAGCGUACGAGCCCAAGCUCACGCAAGAGGAGCUGAUGGACUCGUCUACGUUCAAGAGGUUCUUAACCAGUAUCGACAACAUCCUGGAGAACCUGGAGGAUGUGGAUUUCACCACCAUGGCAGACGACGAUGAGAUACCUCAGGAGUUACUACUUGGAAAACACCAAUUAAACGAGCUGAGCAGCGAAUCCGCCAAAAUCAAAGCCAUGGGCAUCACCGGCAGGAUCCCAUCCGACAAGCUGGUGAAGCUGCUCAACAUACUAGAAAAGAAUAUCCAGGAUGGAUCCAAGCUCUCCACUAUGAUCAACCAUGACCACGAUGCCGAGGAUGAAGAGAGGCUGUGGAGGGACCUCAUCAUGGAGCGAGUGACCAAGUCGGCCGAUGCGUGCCUCACGGCUCUGAACAUCAUGACGUCGGCGCACAUGCCGAAGGCUGUCUACAUCGAGGAUGUCAUCGAGCGGGUGCUGCAGUACACCAAGUUUCAUCUGCAGAACACGCUCUAUCCUCAGUACGACCCCGUCUACAGGGUGGACCCGCACGGGGGUGGCUUGUUAAGCUCUAAGGCGAAGCGUGCCAAAUGCUCCACGCAUAAGCAACGUGUCAUUAUCAUGCUGUACAAUAAAGUGUGCGACAUCGUGAGCAACAUCUCUGAGCUUCUCGAGAUCCAACUGCUCACUGACACCACCAUCCUCCAGGUUUCCUCAAUGGGAAUCACUCCAUUCUUUGUGGAAAAUGUCAGUGAGCUGCAGCUGUGCGCUAUUAAACUUGUUACAGCGGUGUUCUCGCGCUACGAGAAGCACCGGCAGCUCAUUCUGGAGGAGAUAUUCACGUCACUGGCCAGGCUGCCCACCAGCAAGCGCUCCCUCAGAAACUUCCGGUUGAACAGCUCGGACCAGGAUGGCGAGCCCAUGUACAUCCAAAUGGUGACUGCCUUGGUGUUGCAGCUUAUCCAGUGCGUUGUCCACAUACCCAACAACAAAGACACUUUAGAGGAGCAUGACAGCAAGGUGGACAACGAUUUGUUGAUUACCAACUCAUAUGAGACGGCAAUGCGAACAGCGCAGAACUUCCUCUCAGUAUUCCUCAAAAAAUGUGGCAGUAAGCAAGGAGAGGAAGAUUACCGGCCACUGUUUGAGAACUUUGUCCAGGACCUCCUCUCGACGGUUAACAAACCAGAGUGGCCUGCUGCCGAGCUGCUACUCAGUCUGCUUGGCAGACUCCUGGUGCACCAGUUCAGCAACAAGCAGACGGAGAUGGCACUCCGAGUGGCAUCUCUAGACUACCUUGGCACCGUGGCCGCACGCCUGAGGAAGGACGCAGUCACCAGCAAGAUGGACCAGCGGUCGAUUGAUCGCAUUCUGCAGCAGUCUCCGGGUGGUGAUGAAACCCAGCAGCUACAAAAGGCACUCCUGGACUAUUUGGAAGAGAAUGCUGAUACAGAUGCCUCCCUAGUGUUUGCUAGAAAGUUCUACAUCGCCCAGUGGUUCAGGGAUGCCACGACGGAGGCGGAGAAGUCCAUGCGGAAUCACAACCCAAAGGACGACGACUCCUCGGACGGGCCGCAACACGCCAAGGAGAUGGAGACCACGGGUGAGAUCAUGCAGCGCGCAGAGAAGCGUAAGAAGUUCCUACGCAACAUCAUCAAGACCACACCGGCUCAUUUCACGACGCUGAAGAUGAACUCUGACACUGUGGACUACGAGGACUCCUGUCUAAUUGUGCGUUAUUUGGCCUCCAUGAGGCCGUUUGCACAGAGCUUUGAUAUUUAUUUAACACAGAUAUUACGAGUCCUUGGAGAAAGUGCCAUAGCCGUAAGGACUAAAGCCAUGAAGUGUCUAUCUGAGGUGGUGGCCGUUGACCCCAGCAUCCUGGCGAGGUCCGACAUGCAGCGCGGAGUCCACGGCCGUUUGAUGGACAACUCCACGAGUGUGAGAGAGGCAGCUGUGGAGCUGCUGGGCAAGUUUGUGCUCAGCAGACCGCAGCUCACCGAGCAGUAUUACGACAUGCUCAUAGAGAGGAUCCUGGACACUGGUAUCAGUGUUAGGAAACGAGUGAUCAAGAUCCUGCGAGACAUCUGUUUGGAGCAGCCCACCUUCAGUAAAAUCACAGAGAUGUGCGUCAGGAUGAUCCGGAGGGUCAAUGAUGAGGAAGGGAUCAAGAAAUUGGUGAACGAGACAUUUCAGAAGUUAUGGUUCACGCCGACGCCAGCCCACGACAAAGAGACCAUGACCAGAAAGAUCCUCAAUAUCACUGAUGUGGUCGCAGCGUGUCGAGACACCGGCUAUGACUGGUUUGAGCAGCUUCUUUCCAAUCUUCUCAAAUCCGAGGAGGAUGCGGCAUAUAAACCGGCCAAAAAGGCCUGCGUUCAGCUGGUGGACAAUCUGGUGGAGCACAUCUUGAAAUACGAAGAGUCUCUCGCAGAGAGCAAGGGUGUGAACUCCACCCGCCUAGUGGCCUGCAUCACCACCUUGUACCUGUUCAGCAAGAUCAGGGCCCAGCUCAUGGUCAAACACGCCAUGACCAUGCAGCCUUACCUAACCACCAAGUGUAACACUGCCAACGACUUCAUGGUCAUCUGUAAUGUGGCGAAAAUGUUGGAACUGGUGGUGCCUCUGAUGGAGCACCCCAGCGAGACGUUCCUCGCCACCAUAGAAGAGGACCUCAUGAAGCUCAUCAUCAAAUAUGGCAUGACGGUGGUCCAGCACUGUGUCAGCUGUCUGGGUGCUGUUGUCAACAAAGUGACACACAACUACAAGUUUGUCUGGGCCUGCUUCAACAGAUUCUAUAGUGCACUUAAUAAGCUGAAGAUCCAGCAUCAAGAGGAUCCGAACAGCACGACACUGGUAGCAAACAAGCCUAUCCUGCUGCGAUCGCUGUUCACCGUGGGCGCCCUGGGUCGACACUUUGAUUUUGACUUGGAGGAGUUCAAGGGCCCCACCAAGAUCAUUAUCAAGGAGAAGGUUCUGGAGCUUCUACUAUACUUCACCAAGCAUGAGGACGAGGUAGUUAAGACCAAAGCUAUUAUUGGCUUAGGCUUCCUUGUCAUCAUGCAUCCCAGCCAAAUGUUUGUGCCCGAAGUGAAGUCCUUAUACAACGGUAUCCUGGCUGACAGUGCCUCGUCCAUCAAUCUCAAAAUCCAGAUCCUCAAAAACCUCCAGACGUACCUCCAGGAGGAGGACACACGGAUGCAGGAAGCAGAUAGAGAAUGGAAGAAGCUUUCCAAACAGGAGGAUCUGAAGGAGAUGGGGGACAUCUCUUCGGGGAUGAGCAGCUCUAUUAUGCAGCUUUACCUGAAGCAGGUGCUGGAGGCCUUUUUCCACACGCAGUCCAGUGUACGGCACUUUGCACUCAAUGUCAUUGCACUCACACUGAACCAGGGCCUCAUCCAUCCAGUGCAAUGUGUGCCGUACCUGAUUGCCAUGGGAACCGACCCAGAGCCCAGCAUGAGGAACAAAGCCGAUCAGCAACUGGUGGAAAUCGACAAAAAGUACACAGGAUUCAUCCAUAUGAAGGCUGUGGCUGGGAUGAAGAUGUCAUUCAACCUGCAGCAGUCCAUCGAGAGGUCUCGGAAGACCAUCAUACGAGGCUACAGGCAGGACGAGACUCACUCUGCACUCUGCUCGCAUCUCUUUUCCAUGAUCCGCACCAACCGGCAACAGCGGCGAGCCUUCCUCAUCUCGCUGCUGAACCUCUUUGACGACAGCGCCAGGACGGAGGUUAACAUGUUGCUGUUCAUAGCGGACAACCUAGCCUGCUUCCCAUACCAGAGCCAGGAGGAGCCUCUCUUCAUCAUGCACCACAUAGACAUCUGCCUGUCGGUUUCUGGCAGCAAUCUUCUUCAAACCUUUACGGAGCUCUUGUUAAAAGAGCCAAGGCGGAAGGAGAAGCGGGUGAAGGAGGAGUGGAAGAGCACAUCAGAUGGGGAGGAUGACGAGAUAAGAAUGAACUGCGACUCCCUUAGGAGUGACGAUGUGCACAACAGCGAAGACGACGACCUUGUACGGCGGCCCACAAAGCCCAGAAAACUGGUUGCUGACUCUGAAAGCUCCGAUUCGGAAUCCGACUUGGACGAUUUGAACGUGGAUGAUACGGAGAGGGUCAUGAGGCGUCUCCCAGACAAUCCCGCUAGCCUCUUGGACUUUGCUAACUCCGUUCAAGGCAUCCUCUUGCUGCUGGUGCUCAAACAGCAUCUGAAGAACCAGUAUGGAUUCUCAGACGGCAAAAUUCAAAAAUACUCGCCAACCGAGUCGGCCAAGGUAUAUGACAAGGCGGUGAACCGAAAAGUCAACGUUUACUUCCACCCGCGACAAACCCUCGACUUCAUCUCCAACAACAUGGCGUGUGCCACGCUGACAGAAGAUGUCAAGAGGCGUAUUGUCAAACAGUACCUCGAUUUCAAGGUACUAAUGGAACAUCUGGACCCGGACGAGGAGGACGAGGAGGGGGAAGCGUCAGCAAGCGCCAACAUUCGAAACAAAGCCAUAAAUGCCCUGCUUGGAAGCUCGGGCCCCUUGUUGGGACCCAGUCCGCGCAAUCAGGCGGGACCAGAGACCGACGACGACUACAGCGAUGGCGAUGACCGGACUCCAGGGUCCUCUCGGAGGUCGAGGCGAGCGGGCGACCAGUCGGACCCCGGCCGAAUGAGCGAGACGGUGGAGGUGAUGGACGUGAUCGCCCUGUGCUGCCCCAAGUACAAGGAUCGGCCGCAGAUCGCCCGUGUGGUCCACAAGACCCCCAGUGGCUAUGCCAUCCACUGGAUGGCCGGCUCCUACUCGGGGCCCUGGGCUGAAGCCAAAAAGCGCGACGGCCGCAAACUGGUGCCUUGGGUGGACACUAUCAAGGAGUCAGACGUCAUUUACAAAAAGAUUGCCUUGACCAGCAACCACAAACUGAGCAACAAAGUAGUGCAGACUUUACGCUCGCUGUACGCAGUGCGGGAAGGAGGAGCGAGCUAAUGGCUCCUGUUGUUUUUCGUUUUGUUUCUCAAAUUCUUCCUUCUACCGCUCCCCUGCCACGUCCAUCCACACAGCCAAACUUCACUGGAUUCUCACCCUUCCUCUUCUUCAUUUUUGUAUGAAAAACACGACACUACAUACUUUUACAUGAGUUAUUCUUUCCAAAAAAAAAAAUAUUAUUAUAUGAGAGGGACUGCUCAUGUUUGUGUGUAUGUGUACACGUAAAGAGAGGAUAUAGGAUCCAGAAGGCAUUGAAAGGAAAUAAUAGGCUCCAAUUUAUACCCUCUGUUGGAAGGCUUUUACCAGGAUAGACCUGGAGGGGGGGAAAUGUUUGGUCAACAUUGUCGUGGGAGCUCCUUCGCUGUUGUGCAGCCGAUUCUAGUCGCUCGUUUCUACUCCCACUGUAUUAUAGUUUAACACAAACGGAAAAACUAAAAAAAUGUUUAUAUCUCUGAAGACAGAAAACUGUAUUAAAAAAAAAAAAAAAAAAAAAAAA